CACAAAUAACUGUUUCUUCUUCUUCGUCUCACUCACAGAUUUCCAUCUUUCAAUAAUGCUUCUAAGAAGUCCAUCAACUCCAAUUCUCAAUCCAUGGAAACCCUAUUUCACUUUAAUCCUCCACCAAAUUCCUAAAUCACGGCCCCUGAUCGGUGUUCAGUGGAUCAAUAUGAUGGGAGCCCUCUCAGGAUCUGAUCUUUCGGUGGUGGGGAAGAGGAUUCCGAGAAUGGCGAGAAGUGUUGGGAGUUGUUUUGGUUCUUGGGAUGGGGACAAUGAAGAGGAUAGGGCGGAAACGCGAGUCCAUGACAGAGAACAAGCUGGGACGGACAGCUUUGGUGGCAACCCAUUCUCUCCUCCUCAGUCUCAUCCCACUCCUCCUCCUGUAACCGGAUUUUAUCGGAGGGUUCUUCCUUCUCCUCCCGCUAUAGAUUUUACUUCUUUCGAUGGCCAAUGUCUCUUGGAAGAGGCGCUUGGAGAUGGAACUAUGAAAGGGUUUUGUAAAUUGAUUUCUUGCCAUCAAACCCAAUCAGAACUUACUUAUUGUGGACUCACAACCCUGGCUAUUGUUCUAAACGCUCUUUCUAUUGAUCCCGGUAGAAAAUGGAAAGGACCGUGGAGAUGGUUUGAUGAGACUAUGCUAGAUUGUUGUGAACUUUUAGCAAAGAUCAAAACUAACGGUAUUACAUUUGAUGAGGCAGCGAAUUUGGCUCGCUGCAAUGGUGCUAAAGUGAAAGCUAUAAGAACAAACGAGAGCACUGUGGAUGAUUUUCGUAAGCAUGUUAUAUCAUGUUCAUCUUCUAAUGACCGUCAUGUGAUCGCUUCCUACCAUAGAGAAGUUCUCAAGCAAACUGGAGCUGGUCAUUUUUCUCCAAUUGGAGGUUAUCACGCUGGUAAAGACAUGGUUCUCAUUUUGGAUGUUGCACGUUUCAAAUAUCCUUUUCACUGGGUUCCACUUACCCUAUUGUGGGAUGCUAUGAAUACACUUGCAAUAAGACUACCUAGAGGAUACAUGAUUUUAUCAAAGUAGAACUAUAUAUUAGAAUGUUUUCGAUUAA